GGGUGGCAUGCUCCCAAUUUGAAGUCUAGGGUAUGCGAAUAUCAAGCUAGCUAGAUUAAUUUAUUUUGACAUGUAAAACCUGUCCGGAAAUCAGUUAUACGAGUCAAUACGACCAUCUAGUACUAAACGGAUGCCUUGCUUGCACAGAUCAAACGCGACACUCCAAGCAUCGAUAUCGCGCACUCCCCGAUCUACUACCAUCUUGGCGCACCUAGCUAGCUGAAGAGGGUCCUGCGGCUUGAGUCUAUUGAGAUACCUUGCUAACAUUGAAAUCUGCUGGAGCCUUUCACUCGAGUGACGUAGGACAGACAGAGUUCUGCGGCGGAGGAGGCCGCGCGCUCUGUCUCCCCCACUCCCCCCCUCCCCCCCCCGCGCCCUCAACGAGCCGCCUGAUUGGUCCGGGCCUGGAAAAGAGUUCAGAAUCCAGAAUGUGCAGGCCUUGGUGUCUGCACCGUGGGAAAAAUAUCAAAACAGCGCAACUCAAAUCGAAUACGAUUAUUUAAAAAUCCUUCGCCAGACAGAAAACGGGGAUCCGGAAAGCAGGUAACUUCCCUUUUGGACAGAAGAAAAGAAAUUCAUUUACCUGAUUUGUAAGAGAACACUGCAGCAAAUGUGAAGCUUUUUGGAAGAAACGGAUAAUGGACCAAGGUGGAGGGGUCUUGGAGCUUCAGCUGCAGGACUCAAAAAUGCCCCACACGAUGAUAAUGCAAGACUUUGUGGCGGGCAUGGGGGGCAUGGCCCACAUUGACGGCGAUCACAUCGUGGUGUCGGUACCGGAGGCGGUGCUGGUGUCGGACGUGGUUACCGACGAGGGUAUCACGCUGGAGCACGGCCUGGAGGAGGAGGUGGUGGAAGGGCCAGACAUCGGCUCCGACGACAUGGUGACGGCGGAGGGCAUGAUCGUGUCGGAGUCCGUGCUCGGGACGGAGGUCGCCAUCGAGGAGGCGCUGGACUCCAAUCACCAUGUCCUGACCACUGACCUCAUCGAAGAGUCAGUGCGUGUCCCUGACCAGGUCUUUGAGAUGGUGUCUGAGGAGGUCAUGGUCUCUAACUGUGACGCGGAGGCAGUCAUCCAGGCGCAUGAGGGCAUGCCAGCUUCCACUGUCACCAUCAAGACGGAGGAUGAUGAGGAUGGUAAAAGCACCUCAGAGGACUACCUGAUGAUAUCUUUGGAUGAGGUUGGGGAGAAGCUGGACAUCGGGAACACUCCCCUGAAGAUAAGUACCGAGGUUACACAGGAUGACUGUUCCAAGGAGGGUGGUUAUGGCUCUGAGGUCAUUAAGGUCUACAUAUUCAAGGCAGAAGCAGACGAAGAUGUAGAAAUAGGUGGGACAGAGGUUGUGACAGAGAGUGACUUCCACAAUGGCCACGCUGUGCUAGAGCCAGGUGGCAUUGGCAGGUCAUCCCGGGAGAAGAUGGUCUACAUGGCAGUGAAGGACUCCUCUCAGGAAGACGAGGACAUCAACUGCUCAGAGAUUGCGGAUGAGGUUUACAUGGAGGUGAUCGUGGGUGAGGAAGAGGCCCCUGCCAUCCAGGAAUCUCUGGCUGACUCCCCUGUCAACAAAACCUUUGUCCCAGUGGCCUGGGCUGCUGCCUAUGGUAACAGUCUGGACAGCAGAAUGGAAAACAAGAACGGUGCAGCCACCCAGUACUUGCAAAUCAGUGACAGCCUCAACACCAGCAGGGUCCUCAAACAGAAGGCCAAGAAGAAGAAGAAGGGGGAGACGCGGCAGUGCCAGACUGCUGUGAUCAUUGGUCCGGAUGGGCAGCCUUUAACGGUGUACCCCUGUCACAUUUGUGGUAAGAAGUUCAAGUCCCGGGGCUUUCUGAAAAGGCACAUGAAGAAUCACCCAGACCACAUGUUCAAAAAGAAAUACCAGUGCACAGACUGUGACUUCACUACCAACAAGAAGGCCAGCUUCCACAACCACCUGGAGGGCCACAAGCUCAUCAUCAAGAGCGAGAAGGUGCCCGAGUUCACGGAGUACACGCGGCGCUACCGCGAGGCCAGCCCGCUCAGCUCCAACAAGCUCAUCCUGCGCGACAAGGAGCCCAAGCUGCACAAGUGCAAGUACUGCGACUACGAGACGGCCGAGCAGGGCCUGCUCAACCGCCACCUGCUGGCCGUGCACAGCAAGAACUUUGCCCACGUGUGCGUGGAGUGCGCCAAGGGCUUCCGGCACCCGUCGGAGCUCAAGAAGCACAUGCGCACGCACACCGGCGAGAAGCCCUACCAGUGCCAGCACUGCGAGUUCCGCUGCGCCGACCAGUCCAACCUAAAGACUCACAUUAAGAGCAAGCACGGCACCGAGCUGCCCUACAAGUGCGGACACUGCCCGCAGGCCUUCGCCGACGACAAGGAGCUGCAGAAGCACAUGGAGAUCUUCCAGGGCCACAAGGCGCACCAGUGCCCGCACUGCGACCACAAGAGCACCAACUCCAGCGACCUCAAGCGUCACAUCAUCUCCGUGCACACCAAGGACUUCCCGCACAAGUGCGAGGUGUGCGAGAAGGGGUUCCACCGGCCCUCCGAGCUCAAGAAGCACUCAGAGACUCACAAGGGCAACAAAGUGCACCAGUGCCGGCACUGUGACUUCAAGAUCUCCGACCCCUUCACGCUCAGCCGCCACAUCCUGUCUGUCCACACCAAGGACCUGCCCUUCAAGUGCAAGCGCUGCAAGCGGGGCUUCCGGCAGCAGAAUGAACUGAAGAAGCACAUGAAGACGCACAGCGGCCGGAAAGUGUAUCAGUGCCAAUACUGCGAGUACAACACUACGGACGCCUCAGGUUUCAAGCGGCACGUCAUUUCCAUUCACACCAAGGACUACCCCCACCGCUGUGAUUACUGUAAGAAGGGCUUCCGCAGGCCCUCGGAAAAGAACCAGCAUAUAAUGCGGCACCACAAAGAUGUGUUAAUGUAAUGUUAUGCACCCCCUUCCUAAUCCUAAAGGGUCCUUUUUAAAGCCUAGGCAAACUAUGGGUGGAGGGGGAUUUAUAUAGUAAAUAUCUAUAACAAAAUGAACUGUUCUUUCAGUACUGACUCGCACCUUUUCCAGGAAUGAUAAAUUAGGUCUUAAAAAACCCCACAAACCAGUAUUAGGAGUCAGUGAAGGGAUAGGAGUAUAAAAGGUAGAGAGAUGGAAAUGAGCAGGGAUGUGGUUCACUGUUCAAUGUUUUUACUCUCUUUUACUUGAUUUGAUGCAAAAUAAUCACUUGUAAAACAUUCAGGGGCUCAAAUGUCAUUUUGUUUACUGAUUUUGGUAGGAUGAUACAUACCAGUAAUAUGUUGUCUCUGUUGGGAGUGGUGCUUUAAUGUCUCUUUGUAUCAGCUGAUGAAAAAGUAUUGCUUGUUGUCCUCACAUUGUUUUAGGGUGUGCUGCUUUUUCAUCUUCUGUUCAUAUACUGGAAGGCAUUAAAAUGCAACACUAUUUUUUUUAGAAUACUUGCAUAACAUCUUUGGAUAAUUUUAUUUGCCUUGGCUGUACAUGUGUGCAAUAUUUCAAGGUGGUUUCAUGGGGUCCAUAUUUCUUCACAUACAUACAUAUUCAAUAUCAUGUGUCCUCCAUUAGUAUCCACUAACGUGUGUACAUCAGUGGGCAUAGCUGUCAUAAAGACCUAGAUUUGCCUCAACAGGUUCACAUCCCUCUCUUCCAAAAGAGCUGUGUAAUGUACAAUCAGUGUCCCAUGUGUUCAGAACGUUCCAGGCUGAGUCAGUUUGCACACAGUACAUUUGUAAGCAUAAAAGUCACCUGGCACCUCCAGCACAUCUGAUCUGUCUAUGCCUCAGUUAGUCAUGGCAUCUUGGUUUGUACGUUCAGAAGAAUGGUUUUAUUCAGUGUUUCAUACUCAUGGGCAGCAGUGUCACAUGAUGUUCAGCUUUUUCAUGUGUCCCACUAAAGGACUACAUCAAUGUAAAGAAUGUUCCCAGUGAUCACGUGACAGGUGGGUCGCAUGGACUUAAUGAAAUGCUGUCAGUAUUAAGCAGUGCUUGCUUUGAAGUAUAUAACUGAAAGUUAGAUCCUGUAUAUAAAGGCUGCAUUUCUGUACCUCUUGGUGCGUGUCGGCGUGCGUGCGUGCGUGCGUGUGUGUGUGUGUACACAGGGAGAAAGUUAGAGAGAGUAUGUAUGUAUAUAUUUUCCAGCCAGCAAGUCUUCAUUGGCUUUUGCAUAACAUUUCCUUUUUGUCAGUCUUGAUGGCUGUUUACUGUUAUUAGUGGCCAGUUGGUGGUGUGUAUAGUAUCAGCUGCUGGGGAAAAUGUUAAAAUAUAUUCCAUGAGGCAAUUUAGCUAACGUGAAGAACCCAGUACCGGUCCGGGUUCCAGUCUUCCCUGAAUUUCCCAGUCGUCAAAUCUCAUGUGGUGGGUUGUCCAGGUUUCCUGAAUAGCCUGCGACACUCCCACACUUUAUAGAUACCUUUGGAUUCAAAAUGUUUAAUAUUCUUUAGUCUGCACAAAUAUAACCCUAUGAAUGCUGUUGUACCACAUGAUAGUGAGUGAGUGAGUGUGUGUGUGUGUGUGUGUGUGUGUGUGUGUGUGUGUGUGUGUGUGUGUGUGUGUG